UGCAUCCAUCGUGUGUCGAGGAAGAGCACCGAAGCUCGAGUUGCCGCCAUGACCAAACGGUUUAUUUUUUUCUGGGUCAAUGGGGAUUGCUCGAGGUGGGUUAGAACUCUGAGGCGUGAGCGCAGUCUAGGAUUAUAGGGUUUCGCAGGUUUUACUACUUUGCUAGUGUUAGUAGGGAGCGAAACCCUAGUAGGUAUGGAUCAUGGGAUGGGGGAUCGGCGGGGGAAGAGCGAUGAGGAGAAUUUAAAAGAGAGGGGGGACUCGGAAGCGGAAUAUCGAGAUGGCGGAAUGGAAGAAGAGGAGGAGGAGGCGGUGGAUGAUGAGGCUAGCAUGAACUUGAUCAAAACCAUGACGGAGAAGCUGGUGAACGAAACUGUUCAAGUGCGGGUACACGACAUUGUGAUCAUAGGGAAUUCCAAGACGAAGGGUAGUGUGAUUGAGGCUUAUCUGACGGACCUCCGGGACGUUAGUACCAUGCAGGAUCUACUCCAGAAAUCUGCUCAUGCGAAUUCUCGCUUGCGGGCCCUUGGCAUUUUUGAUAGUUGCGUGAUUACAUUGGAUGCCGGACCUGAAGAGCUUCCUGGCACGGCUAACGUGAUUGUCGAAGUAGAAGAAGCGAAACGGCCUUUUUCUGGUGAUCUUGGUGUGUUCUCUAAACCCGAGACCAAAGCUUGGACUCUGGAAGGACUCGUCAAGUACAAAAAUCUGUCUGGCUUUGCUGAAACUAUUGAUGCUACAGGUUGCUAUGGCCUGGACACAACUUCAGAACUCAGUGCAGGCGUCACUUAUCCCAGGUUUAAAGGGUUGCCGGCCUCUUUAGUAACCCGGCUCACCCUCCUUACACAAGAUUGGAAACGUUACUCGUCCUACAGAGAACGUCUGACAGGGUUCUCUGUAGGCUUGGUAGGUGAUGACCAGCACGACAUAUCCUACAAUCUUACCUGGCGUGACCUCAAGGAUCCCUCACGUUGUGCCUCUAAAUCGGUUAGGCGACAGCUCGGUCAUAGCCUUCUUUCAGCAGUUAAAUACACCUACAAGAUUGAUGACAGAGACUCCGUAUUUCGACCACGGCGGGGUAUUGCUUUCGUCUCAACCACGCAGAUUGCAGGGUUGGGACCAGAUAGCAAGCUCCUACGUUUUGCACGCCAGGAAGUUGAGUUGAGAUUUGCAAUCCCAUUAGGAUUUGCAAAUGCAGCUAUAAAUUUAGGAGUGGCUGGAGGAGUCAUAUUGCCGUGGGGACCAGGCUACAAAACGAAAGCAACCCCCAUAAGUGAUCGAUUUUAUAUGGGAGGUCAUUCGUCACUUCUUGGUGAAUUAAAGGGUCCAUCUGCUCUUCUGGGCUUUCGCACUAGAGGUGUUGGUCCUAGUGAGCUUCGUAGAUCCCUAACUUCCCCAACAAACAAAGGAGAAGGAGAAGUGGAUACACGUCCCAAGAGGGACACAUUAGGCGGUGACUUAGCAGUUUCUGGUUUUGCUGAUUUUUCAUUUGAUUUGCCGAUGCGAUUCUUGAAUCAGUAUGGAAUACAUGCCCACACUUUUGCUUGCGCUGGCAACCUGGUUCCUCUGACAGGGGAAAAUAUCCCCCAGUGGUCUCCGAGGAACUUCCUUUCUGGAUUCCGCGUCUCGUCGGGAGCUGGAAUUGUGAUUCCGACUAAAUUGUUUCGCCUUGAGGUUAAUUACUGCUACUUAUUGCGGCACCAGGAAAAUGACCGUGUCAAGCGAGGUGUGCAAAUCAGCUUGAGCUCACCGCAAUGACUUGGCCAAUAUUCCAGCCAUAUGAAUACGGGAGUUGGGAGUUACUGAUAAGUUGAGAAGUUUUCAAACAAUUUUUGCCGCAUUUCUCAUUGUUGGGUGUCGCUUCAACGUGUCAUGAUGGCUUGAAUUACCCAUCUUGAUAUAGAGGUUCGACGUCGAGUUUCUGACAUUCUGUUUUAGGUGCUUAAAAAUUAUUCUCAGGUUCAUAUGAGUUGUGUCUCAGGUUUUAUUGUAGGUUCAUGUGCAUCACACUAGUAUUGGUAUACUCUUACUUGGCUACAUUUCAUGAAUUAUGAAACUAUGAGGGGCUUGUCUGAUGUAUGAAUGAGCUUAUUCAUGUAGCUAAUAAGCUACAAAAAGUCAAGGUUGAGCUUUAUUUUUA